UCCGCAGCUGCAGUGGAGUGGGAUCGAAGGAAACAAUAUGGCGAGGAAUCCAAUGCUUUGGAUGAGUUAAUGCAGUAUCAGGGGCUGGAAGAGGUCAAACAGUUCUUCCUUGACGUCAAAUCUAAGGUGGAGAUUUGUAAAGAGCAAGACCCAGAUGGAACAAUGAACAUCCUGAGCUUGGAGAGAUUUAAUGUCGUCUUCCAGGGAAACCCUGGAACAGGUAAGACGACGGUCGCUAGAUUAUAUGCCAAGUUUCUAUACGAUGAGGAAAUUCUAGAUUCCGAAUAUAUCGAAGAGACUUCAGGUGCCCAACUGGCAUUAGAAGGUGCAAGGGGCAUACAAAGAAUUAUCGGAAAUAUAAAAGGAGAUGAAGGAGGAGGCGUCAUCUUUAUUGAUGAAGCUUAUCAGCUCAUGGCCGAUCAUACAGAUCGGGGCGGCAAGCAAGCGCUUGAUAUUAUUCUCACUGCUUUGGAAAAUAAUAUUGGCGGUGUUGCAGCUGUAUUUGUGGGGUAUAAAGAUGAAAUGAUCCCCUUUUUUGAGCAUAAUCCAGGCCUAGAAAGCCGGAUUCCUUACACCAUCAACUUUGCUGACUUUGAUGAUGGCGAACUCUGGAAUAUUUUUACGGACAAACUUCGCAAGCAGUACAAGGGCCGCAUGCGUGUUGAAGGCAGUUUAGAUGGUCUAUAUGUGCGAAUUGCCAUUCGUCGCUUGGCUCAGUGCCGAGGAAGUCGCGGGUUUGGUAACGCUCGCACUGUCGAAAAUCUGCUUGCUCGAAUCAGACAGCGGCAAGCCCAAAGACUAACACGGGAGAAGAUCAAGUCGCGGGAUCAAAUCCCAGACUGUUUUUUCUUUACUCAAGAGGACCUAAUUGGGCCCAACCCUUCAGUGACGGCGAGAGAGUGUCCUGCCUGGAUCGAACUACAGGGACUUAUCGGGCUUGACGAAGUUAAGCAAUCUACAGAACGCUUAAUCGGCAUGUUAGAGCUUAACUAUCAAAGGGAGUUGCGCGAAGAGCCUCCCCUCAAAUUCUCACUGAACCAAGUCUUCGUCGGGGCGCCCGGCACAGGAAAAACAACUGUCGCCAAGCUUUACGGACAAAUACUAAGCGACCUAGGUUAUCUUAGUCGCGGUGAUAUAAUCUUGAAAACUCCAGCUGAUUUUGUUGGAAAUUGCGUCGGAAUGUCAGAGGCCAAGACAAAAAUGAUCCUUGAAUCUACAGUCGGCAAGGUCUUAGUCAUUGACGAGGCAUAUAUGCUCGAUGCUGGCGACUCGCAAAAGAAUCAAGAUCAGUUCAAAACAGGCAUUAUCGAUACAAUUGUAUCCAUGACCCAAGGUGUCCCUGGCGAAGACCGGUGUAUCAUCCUCAUUGGUUAUAAAGACAAGAUUCGCGAUCUAUUUCAAAAUGCCAACCCUGGGCUCUCGCGACGCUUCCCUGUUAACAAUCCCUUUCACUUCACAAACUUUACUAUCGACCAGCUAAUACAUAUUUUACGACUGAAAAUGUCGGACGAUGGUCUCGUUUGCACUACCGAUGCAAUCGACGCCGCUCGAGAUUUGCUUAUGCAGGCCCUCAUGCGACCUGAUUUCACUAAUGCUGGCGAGGUUAAUAGCGUGCUUACUACGGCUAAGAUGAAUUACGAGACUCGUCUAUCUCAACUAUCUCUUGAAGAGAAGCUAACCGUAACCGUCUUGGAGGCCGUUGACGUUGAUCCGGAAUUUUUCCAAAGGGGAGCUAUGGAACCUGCCCGUGACAAAACGCUUGAGGGCCUAGUUGAUAGCUGCAUUCUUGAUCAGCUUGUUAGCUACCAACGGAGUUACUAUAUGGCAAAGAAGCUUAAGCUAGACCCGAGAUCCCUUGUUUCAACGAACUUUAUAUUUAAAGGCCCGCCAGGCACUGGAAAAAAAACAACAGCUCGUCAUAUGAGCAAAAUAUUCUACGACAUGGGUUUCGUUUCAAGUAAAGAAGUAGUCGAGUGCUCAGCAACUGAUCUCAUUGGCCAGUAUGUAGGCCACACUGCACCAAAGACACGAAAAAGGCUUCAAGAGAGUCUGGGUCGCGUGUUGAUCAUUAGCGAGAGUGGUCGGCUUGUGAGCGGUUCGUUUGAAGCAGAAGCGGUCAAAGAGCUACUACAAUUUCUUGCAGAUCCUUCUAAUCAUGGUAGAAUGGUGAUCAUUCUCACUGGUUCAACGGCCGAUAUGAACAAGCUCCUGGCGCAAUACCCGACGCUCUCUGGCCUCUUCCCUGAGGAAAUAACUUUUACGGAAAUUCCACCUGAUAACUGCAUAAAAAUGCUUUUACAGGAUCUGGAAAGCUCAGUGCCUGGCAUCAAGACUGAUGCUCUCAGAGAUACAAGCUCAGAGGAUUACGCCAAAGUCAGAAACCUAUUCGGCACCCUAACCGCCCAACAAAGUUGGAGCAACGCCCGCGACAUUAAGAAUCUAGCCAAACAAGUCAUCAGGCGAUUUAUUAGUACGAUUGAGCCGAGUGAUUCGCAGCACGAGUUCUCAGUUACAUGUAGUGAUGUUGCUGAGACUUUGAAACUGAUGGUUACUCUGAGAAGGAACCGUUCGCGAGCAUCGGGAGCUGAUCGCCGCUCAAAUGCUCCA